AUGGAAAAUCAGAAUAAUGUCACAGAAUUUGUUCUCUUGGGACUUUUCCUGAGCAAAGAGAUGAAGACAAUAUGUUUUGCAUUUUUCUUGCUGUGUUAUUUUGCAAUCUUCCUGGGUAACUUCAUCAUCUUCAUCACUAUCACAUAUAGCCAUCUGAUUCAGCAACCAAUGUACUAUUUUUUGUGUCACUUGGCCCUCACGGAUCUGGCCUAUACUUCCACCAUCAUCCCCACACUGAUCAGAGACUUAGCUGCCAAGAGCACAAACAUCUCCUUUAAUUGCUGUAUGACUCAGCUUUCUGCUGCUCACUUGCUGGGAGGUGUUGAAAUGUUCAUCCUGGUAUCUAUGGCCUUUGAUCGCUAUGUUGCCAUCUGUAAACCUUUGCGCUACACAGCCAUUGUGAACCGGCACACAUGUAACAUGCUGAUAUUGACUGCCUGGGCAGUGGCCUUUUGGCAUUCCAUUGCCCAGCUGCUCAUGGUCCUUUGGUUACCCUUCUGUGGCCCUAAUCAGAUCGACCAUUACAUAUGUGAUGUGAAACCCCUCCUGAAACUGGUCUGCACUGACACUCAUGUUGUUAGUGUCUUGGUCAUUGCUAACAAUGGGAUGGUUUGCUUGAUUACUUUUCUUGUCCUUCUUGCAUCAUACAUAGUCAUAUUAUAUAAUCUUCGAACACACUCAGUAGAGGGCAGGCGCAAGGCCCUCUCUACCUGUGGCUCCCACAUCAUGGUUAUAGUCCUUUUCUUUCUGCCCUGUGUCUACACCUAUGUGCCACCUCCCAGUGACAACAAUAAUGAGAAGGAGUUUUCUGUGUUGUACACUGUGAUUGCACCCAUGCUGAACCCUCUUAUCUAUACACUGAGGAAUACAGAAAUGAAGAAUGCCAUGAGGAAGCUGUGGUGCCACAAAAUAUAA